AUGCUUAUGAGCUCUCUAGAGAUGAGUACUCGUUUUAUGGCAAUGUUUCUGUUAGUUUCCGGCCGCCAUAUCUGUGUUCCUCAGAGGGACGCCAACACGGCUGGCGUUUCAAAAUCAAGUUCUAUAAAUUUGGGUAACACAUUUCUCCGAAUACCUCGCAAACGAAAAAACCGCUCAGACCUGAAUCUUAGCGAGACUUUUUGCAUAUCCCUUAAAUUCCUGAAUUUAUUCAUUUCCACACUGGUCAGUAAACUUGCUAAGAAACAGAUAAAGCAAGCGGAGAAAAUACAAUUGAGUAUGGAAAUGACCCCAUUACUACAGGAUAACAGCGAGGACACAGCGUCGACUUCUUAUCAUCUCGGUGAGGAAGUAUGAGAGAAGUCAAUCAGGAGGGCUAAAAGAUUUUAGAUAACGUUUAUUUCUACUAUAUAUUUAUGGAAAAACUGCUUAACUCAACUUAAACGUGGUUAAGGCUUGUAUUGUAGCUCAUGAAAGGAACUCUCGUGUAAUCCUUGUAAUCCUGACUAGUGCGAUCGAUAGAGUCGAUAAUCGAUAAUAAUGGAUAAAUCUCGAUAAAGAGCGAUUGAUGAAGUUGAAAAUCUAUAAAAAUCGAGAGAGGAAAAAGUUGUUGCUAAUGGAUAAUUAUCGACUUUAAUCGAUUUUUAUCGGAGUUGUCGUUUUUAAUCAGCGGUUACUCAAUUAGGUUAACUUUGGCAAAGAACGUUGUUUCCGAACAUAAGUACAUUAUUUAUGUGGCUUUGGACGGUUAAAUUUGUAGCGAAAUUUAUUUCACAAAUUACACUCAAUAUUCUAACGAAACAUUUUCGGCCAAUCGACAGGAUAAAAAAGAGUUAUAAACAACUGACUCAGCUUGCUUGCACUGGAAACUGUUCAAGUUGAACCCUACAAUGUAUAGCUCAUUCAGGGCCGUAGGAGUAAGGGGGCCGAGUAGGCCCAUGCCCCCCCACUUUUUGGGCGACAAUUAAAAAAAGAAGAAGACUACCACUUUACCGUCUAAAAUACUGAGUGAAUAACACAACGCAAUUCCCCCUUCGAUUUACAAAAUGUGUUGAUAGGGUUAAUUUUGUAACCUCUCAAGUCUGUUUAAAUCCCCGUCUCGACCUUAGCCAGCGCGUAAAACCAUCUCUCCUCGCUCCUAAUCACAAGGGAUGUUUCCUUUCGCAGGGAAGACAAGGAGAGACGGCUGUCAUAAAGACUACUGAUCUCGUCCUUUUGUUGUAAUUUCCUUGAUGGUUGUUUUACCUUUCUUUCCGUUAACAUCGUACCUUAACGACAACAUCAGAGAUGGGUAAAAUAUAUACUAACCAUUUGCAUUUUCUUUCGUAUUUUUCAAAAUGUGCUGUGGAUAACGCAGAAAAUAGCAUUUCCGAGCCCCUAAAUUUAAAAAUUUUCUGGCGGAGCAUGCCCCCAGACCCCCUAAUUUGCAGUGCCUUCGGCCUUCUAACUUUUUUCCCUUUGCGUACACCUUCAAAAUCUCACUCUACAUCCCUAAAAUCUAUUAAUACGAACCUCGAAGACUUGCUUAACAAAGCGGUUUCAGGAGGCGAUUUCUCAAGUUAGCCAUUAUCAACCUGAAACUUUCAUGGUCCAGAUAUGAACAAGGAACGUCUUGAGACGCAGCUUACUAGUUUGAAAAUGCAUGCUCGAGAAAGUGCCAUAGCCUCUGUCAUCCAUAAUAGAAUCUCUUAAUGCAGGUGCUUCAUUCAAUGAGACUGCAACAGUUUUAGUGAAACUGAUAUCAGUUAUGUAUGCCUCAAGUGCUUUGAGUGAAAGGUCUUUCAGUGCCUCAAAAAGAAUCAGAAUUAUCCUAGCUCUACCAUGACGCAAAACACGGAUGAACAACCUUUUGCGCGCUGAUAUCGGUAUACAAGGAAGGCGCGGACAAAUUGAUGUUGCUGAUUGAUGUUGCCAACGACUUCUUCACUGAAAACUCUCGCAGGUUGUCAAAAUUUGGACACUUUUCAGAAGUCGACCUACGUUGAACAUUUAGCUAAUUAAUUAGUACUGACGGAAACCACUAUAUUUUCAACUACGGUGGUCAUACUGGUUUAAAUAAGUUCCAUGGCCUCCACUGCCGCAGUAAAUUUGAGUGGACACUCGGCGCCCGGACACCGGUCCCUUUUUUUCUUUUGUCUGGUACAGCCUGUCUAUAACAUGUGUACUAUACUCGGCUAAUUGUCAUCAUUUCAGUCUAGAUUCAAAUGUUACGUAGCCGUUCAUGUUUUAUGUACCACAAUACAGGUUAAAUAUUACCUGAAAGUGGAUAUAAACUAUAUCUAAAAGUUCUUAAUAAAUGGCCCAGUCUGCAUUAGAGCGAAACCGCGACAUCCGCUCUAUACGAACACCCCGUUAAUACGGACACUUUCUAUGUCCCCCUCAAUGUCCGUAUUAACGGGGUUUGACUGUUUAGACACUUUAAAGAUUUGGCGGGGGAGGGGUCUCGGCCCACAACAGUCGUGCCCUGUCACUUUCAGCUUCGUUCCUACGGGCCUGGUUCAAGUGGUGAGGAUACUGAUCAGUGUACAGUUUUUCAGCAAGGCCCUUAAAUUGCUUCUUCAAAAAAAUAUUGGAAAGGAUCAUUUAAAUCGUUCUGUAAAUAUGCAAAAUAAAGUAGAUAAUGAACUCCGCAACUAAAUGAAAAGAGAAGUAGCAUGACCAUAAAACAUGAUAAAAAUGUGAGAUAAAAUCAUCAUUUAAAACAGAAAACAUCUGCAUAUUUCUAAUAUAAUUUGCUGUAAAACAAUGCAUUAUUGGGUUUUGAACCUGAGAGGCAAUCGGUAAUAUCGUUAAAUUAGUUAAAAACGAUAGCGCUGACAACUUAUUUUCUGAUAUCGAUUUUUAUCGAUUGCGCAAGUCUUUCAAGUGUAAUAUGCAAACGUUAUCUCCUUAUUCAAUGAUCGGGAAACCGAGAAGCGCCUGUUUAUGAAAGAAUUAGUUAACUAUAAAGACGUUUAGAAAAAUCAGAGAAAGAUUUGGGGAUCAAGUAGGCUUACCACAAAACUAAAUUUGGUAUUGAAGAUUUUACUGAUCAGGCCUAAAAGAUUUUACUGAUCAGGUUUGUCGUUGUGGUUGUGCCUUCAUAAGUGUUUCUCAUACCACAAAACGUAAUCAUGAGUUAAUCUUCAAAUUUAUUUAUUUAGACUAAGUACGUUUUAACUAGAUUUUUUCCUGGCAUCUGUAGGUCAUCUGGUUUUUGUUGAACUUUAGUCUUUAAUUCACCGAAAUUCAUUGCAUAGAGUAACAACAGAGUGGAAAUUUGAGGUAUACUUGAACGGAUAGAAUACAAGAUUCCACGAUAUAUUAUCAUAAAGAAUGAUAAUGGUUAAACGAAGAAAAUGGCCAGUACUGGACCGAUAAAUUAAGGUUUUUGUUUUUGUUGUUGUUGUUUUUUUUUACAAAGGAAAGUAAACCUGCUAAAGAUCGGACAAAGCCGGAGCAGCAGACGAACGAAAACAUGGAAUUGACUUCGUUACCAGAAAAAAGCAUUAAUGAUGAAGUCCGACAGGAUCUGGCGUCGACUCUUCAAGGCCAACUUGUAUGGAAGAAAUACUUAAAUAUUUCAUUGAAUUUGUUUUCCUUAAUUUUAUAUAUCAUUAUCAAAAGAGAGCAAUGAUGAUGUCCGACAGGCUCUGGCGUCGACUUUUCUAGGCCAUCUUGUAGAAAAGAACUACUUAACAACGUCUUUUUUUUUUCUUAAAUUUAAUUAUAUUGAACGCGGAUAAGGCAUGCAGACAAUGAGGAAACUUACUGGAAAAUAAGCAACAAUUUUCCACGAAAGUAAAGUUCGACAUCUCUUUCUUUAAAUUAUUCUAUUGACCGUGCUCCAAAAUAAGCUAAACUCACUUGCUGAGCCAUUGACUGCAUCCACAAUACCACUCACGAUCUGUCUGAUGUAAAGAAUUUUCAGUUGUAUGUUAAUGUAGCUUUAUUACUGGUUACGAUGAAAUGUUCUUAGAGAAAUCUUUCUGGGUAACGCUUAUACCAGAAUACGAUCAAUCGAAGCACCCACGCGUGCACUCGAUAAAACUUUGCAGGUAUGGCAAAUGAAUCUACAUGUAUAUGUUGCAGUUAAUUUUUAAUUUCAGUUAAUUUUUGUUUUUCCUUUCUUUUAAAUUCAUUAGCAUACAUUACCAUACCCCAAAACAAUGGAAAAAUAAAAAUUAACUGAAAUAAAAAAUUAACUACAACAUAUAUUUUCUGAUUUAAGGGACCGGUCAUUAUUUAUCGCCGCGGGAGGGGAGGGGGGAUUUUAGGGGGGGUCACUUGAUUUUGGAAGAACAAAAGGGGGGAUCAGUUGUAACUGAGAACCCAAAAGGUGGGAUCGCUGAAAACUUUGGAAGGAUUCAGACGGUUGGCCACUCAAAUUUGCUUGGAAAAUGAGGACAUGUGGGGAGGAGGGAUCGCGAAAGUCAUCAAAAGUUAUUAUGGGGGAUCACUUCAGUGAAGUAACAUUCAAAGGGGGGAUCGGCUAAAUUUCACCUUGUUUAGCCCCCAAAUCCUCCCCCCGCUGUUAAUAAGUAAUGACCGGUCCCUAAUUACUUUCGCGCGCUUUUCAAAAAGCGGGAGAAUUUUCCAGCCAGUGGCACAGUCCCGUUUUUGCUGACAUUCUGGGUACUUAAAUUGAGGCUCAACAAGCAUGAAUGCUUUAAGAUGUUUCAUGGUGUUGCUGUUAAUCUUUGUUUUACGUCAUUUGGUAAUUGCACCAAUCCGAAACACCAAGAAACAACCGCUUUUAGGCAUGUUCUUCCUGACAAACGCUUUCGUCGAAUGGACGGGAGGAUUAAUCUGUCUUCCCUUCACGCACAGGAAGGACAGGAAAGCAAAAUUUCGACGAAGGCAAAGGAAAAGAAGACACAAGUGACCAUGGAAAUGGCUUCAUUGCGCCUGGAUGACGUUACACAGGACAUGGCUUCGGCCACUCACGAUCUGUCUGAUGUAAGAAGGAAGUGUUUAAGGCGACAACAACAAGAAUCCGGAUUCGGUGAAACCGAUUACUUUAUUUUUGCGUCAACUUAAAUUUGGAGUGGUGUAUCCAGUUUCACGCUAUCACACGAAUACGCUACUGCGGUUUGCAAUUGCAACUGCACUCGGGCCAGCGGUGUGAUUUCACUGGCCGUAUAUCCUUCCCAGUUCCAGUGUUUUAGGGUAACAUUUCAUACACUUCUCAAGUGGGAAUGUCAAAGAGAAAUAACUAGAUAAAGGCCAAUUCAUUCGUCUGGAGCGAAAGUAGACAGAGGGUUGUUGGCCUCUACUUUAAAUUUUUCAAGUUCCCAAGUAAGCCUGGACCCGAGUUUAUGACGUUGAUUUAAAAAUAUCCGGUUUCAGUCGUCUUCACGAACGCGCCAAACCCGACGGAUCAAAAAAAAAAGAAAUCCACUCUGGAAGGGGUUUCAAUGCAAUCUCGAUGAGCGGAUUUACCGUUUUCGUGUAGAAAAUGGAAGGCUGAUUCGUAUUAAAAAGGGUGCGGUUUCAAAAAUAUCCGGAUUCGUGUGGACUGGGCCUAAACCUUACACGUUUCCUUUUUUCACGUAACGAAGGGUGUAAUGUAACACCUUCCUUCUUUACGUGCGUUGGAUAACGUUAAACGUGACCUUUAAGUGGAAAGAUAGCGCGUUACAAGCGACCGUGACAUAAGAAGUGGAACGUUGUGGUUUGCGAACGUUAAAACUUUUUUGCCCUUAAAUUCUUUUACUAAAGUCUUGUUCUUGUGCCCGUGAAAUGUCAUGGUUUUUGCAUAGGUGCCCCAACCUCACGCGUGAGAAUCAUUCAUGCGGAACACUUUAUGAAGGCUUGCAUGUAGUUUCUAGCGUAUCCCAAUUUGGGGUCACAAAUAGAAAUAUCAGCUCAGUGUCUGUCUAACCUCAGUUGACUCCAAGUUUUCAUUAUUGAGUUAUAGGCGAGAUUGCGUCAGAAAAUAUUUAAAUUUUGCUGAUUUACACAUUACGUCAUCAAAAACUCCAAGGAAAGAAUUAUCGAUCCUCCUGAGUUCUUAGUUUCAUGAAUUAUUAGAGCAGCUAAAACUAAUAUUUAGAAAAAUUUUCACUGCGAAAAGGUUCUUCGUUUUGUGAUACAGUACGCUUAAAUUUCUAAGCUUUUGCGUGACGCGGCAUUUACGUGGUAGCCUGCGAGCAAGCUCUCCGGGGCGCUCUGGCGGCGGGGCAGGAAAAGGAAGGAGAGCUUGCAACUACGUCUCUGGAACUUGAAUUCUACCUCCAAUUCGCCUGUGGCUCCCCGUCGACUGAGCUGUCAGAUUUCCGCCAAUCAGCGCGAAGCGGAAACGAGCGCGAUUGCAAACAAACAUUGAAAAACAUGUGCCAAGGGUAAUGAAUGGCCUGAUUAUUAAUGUCAUCCCCGCCAAUCAGCAUUUCGCAUCGACUUAUUUAUUUUCUAGAGAUUUAGCUCUAAGCUCUCCUUCCCUUUCCCGCCCAGCCGCCAGAGCGCUCCGGAGAGCUUGCUCGCAGGCUAUUUACAUGGCGGACGAGGGAGCUGCCAUGAAGGCUGAAAAAGUGACUCUGUUGGGGGGAUUUUGCUAUCUGAAUGGUCAUUGUAUUAGUAUCAAUGUUAAUGAGUUCCUCAAGAGAUGAAUUCACCCUUAAGUAGCACAACUCCGUGACACAUGUUUCUGUUGGUUUCCGGCCGCCAUGUUAGUGACCAUCCGGAUGGACACCAACAUUGCGUCUCCAUAUAAAGCUCUAUAAAUGUAGGUAAAAAAAUUCUCCGAAUUUCUCGCGCUUGAAAAAUUGCACCGACCUGAAUCUUGGCGAGGGCCUUUGUAUAUUUACCUUCUUUUAUUUCCCUGAUUCUAGACUUUACCUAUUAAACGGUUUUGAUUUUUAUUUUUAAUAGCAUGACAGUGAAAACCAGCAAUAGCUUUACAUUUUUUCUACAUGUAAAUGUGAACGCCAUUUUAUUUAAUCAUUUAGCAAAGUUUGGCUGAUGAGUAUGAAGUUAAGGAGGAUCAAUCUUCUAUAGACCAAGACCAAGACGACAUUGCAGUGUGUCCGCAACAAAGCAACAAAGAUGCCGUUCUUGAAGUGAUUCCAUCGACUUCCACCGAAGUAGAUGUAAGACGAAAACAAAAACACCAUAAUUAAUUAUUCACUAAUGAAGAAGAAUUUGCCUCUAAGGCGCCUUAUUUUGCUUACGUUUCACGUUAGAAGGACACAACGUGAUCUUGGUGUUCCUGUGCCACUAAUGUGUUUCGUUGAUGGUGUACCUUUUCUGCGCUGUCUUGGAUUUACGUUUCAGCGUCUUGUUUUCAUUCUCUUGAGCUAUUUUUAGUUGCGGGCUUGUGACCUCCAGAACGAUGGCUGAUAUAAGGAAUCGUCUAGUAAAAUGGUGGGUUUGUUGUUUUUAGUCAGUAGGACGUGUAUCAGCAGGUGACCAAAGCUUUCUGGGUAAACAUCAAACUGUGGGCGUGGAUUUCAUCCUAGACUUGAAAACAGUACCCUGAACCCAAAGUAAAUUUUAUCUAGCUCU